UGACAACUGGCUUUUUUUGUUUGCUUAUCUAUUGGCCAUGUCAGGAAGAGAGGAAACUGUGAUUCUGUUGUUCAGAUUGCUUUGGCUACAUCCUUCGUCAGAGCGUUCUCUUGUGGUUUUCGUUUUGACGCUUCUACAUAUCUCGUUUCGGUUCGCCUCUUUCAUAGAUUCUGAAAAGCAUCUUCCCUCCUCCACAAGCUUUUUCGUCUAAAAUAGCCAGCGUUUUCUCACCUCAGAAACAUUACAAUGAGGCUUCAGAUCAGUGUCUGACAGCGACAACUCCGUACCUCUGAUGUCAUUCUUUUCUUGGUGAAGUUUUAAAGUGAAGGGUUUGAAAAUGUAGGGCCCGUGUUAAUGGGUACAGAUGUGCCAAGAUGUGCGAUGGAUCCAUUUUGAGUGUUUAAGUGGCCUCAGGAGGCAUCUGUGAUGCAGCCUCGAGCGUGUGGUUUCAAAGGAGUGAAUGAUUGAAGUGAAAAGGGAUUUUUGUAGGUUGAAAAGAGAAUGCAGGAAGAAGUGGAUGUAAGUGAUUUAUUUGGAUGCUUUGUAAAUAUAUAUUUUUUUUUAGUUUUCCUUUACAUUUUUUUUUCUUUGGCUGUAGGAAGGUGUUUGUCCAUCAUUUGGAGUUUGAUGGUUUUAAAGAAUUCCCUAUUUUCCCACAUCAUCAUGCACACUGUGCGCCUUUAAUGUUUCCAGUGAUAAAAUGAAAUAAGAAUCAAAAGGAAGGAGAUCUAGAAAUUCCAUUUUGUGCAUAACUGUUCCAUUUUUGUUCAUUCAUCUGCUUCAAAUAUAAAGAGUCUUACUGAUUACCAGAAAAAUAAACGGAAUCAUUGGCCUUUGUCUCUCUCUCUCUUUUUCCUCUCUAAUUAUUAAACCUCUUUUUGUGGAAGCAUUGUUGGUUACAAGUUCUAACUUAGUGUUUUAGGGAACUAAGAUGUGAUAUUUAAGUCUCUCUCUUGCUCGUUUGUGUUUGCGUCACACUUUGAGAGCCUCCGCUUUAGCCUGACGCUUCAUGAGGUUUGACUUCCUGUAGGUUUUGCGACAUUGCAUUGUGAGUGUGUGAGGGGGCCUAACGUUCCAUUGAACUCCAGAUCAACACCCAGUCAACGGUAGAAACGGAUGAUGGCGAUGGUGACUAACCGACUUGGGUGUUUACCAGUUCUUGUUUUGCUGCUGACUUUGAGCAGUUUGGUCACGUCAAGAUCUCUUCGGACUAAAAGGCAAAUUAGUCACAACGAGACAUCGAUAAACACCAACGACACACACAGUACAGCAACCGUAGCUCAAGCCGAGAAUGCAACAAGCACCACUGUGGAAACUUUGAAGGCUUCGAGUACGUUACAGACAGCAACUGGAAUACCUGAUUUCAAUAUCUCAGCAACUACAGACUACCACCAUGCUCCAGAUUUGAACCACACCCAACAAAGCUACGCUGCAGGAACCGAGAACCUGACAGUCCACCGCUCAACAAAUAACGAGAGUGCUUUUCUCACCCAACUUCCCGCAAUAAAUAACAGUACUGGACAGAUUUCACAUGCAGGAAGUUCUGCCCCCACAUUUCCUGCGUCGCUGGAGCCCGGUAAGGUAACAGAGAAGCGCACGACUGCACCGACGACGACAAGAAUAUCCACAGAUGCAAAAAAAAUUACCACUCAAGUUACUUCAACCAUCUCUAAGAAAUCAACCACAACAACGACCCACUCAUGUUCCGCUGCCUCUUCUCAAGGGGACGGACUUGUGAGUCGUUGCCUCAUCGCCAUUGCCUCGAUGGCUGCGUUUACCACCAUCUUUAUCAUUAGCACCAUCUGCCUGGCUACCAAACUCUCGGGAUACAGGCAUAAGGCGCAUCUUCUCCAGGAAACUGAGAUGGUCUGCAUUUCUGCCAUGAUGAACGAUACCGAUCACCCGGUUCCAAACCCAAGAAGACAUCCCAAAAGUAACGGAGCGUUGAUCCCCAAUACUGAGGAUGAAGAUCCUGACGGAGAUAAUCUCACUCUAAACAGCUUUCUUCCCGAUACCGAGGGCCCUCUUUAGAAGUUUAGACCUGUAUGCACUGAGAAACCGGAUGCAGCAUGGGAUUUUUUGCUCUCAAGCAUUAAGUCCGUGCUCAGGUUUGACCCAAACCCAGCUCUAAAAUGGUUUGCACUGUCCUCAGUUUGUCUGUGGUACAGGUUUAUCAGUUUUCUCACUCAGUGAAGUUCUAGCAAUAAUCUGAUGCCUGGCUUUUAAAACGACCAUUUUAUGAUUUGCUGUACAAUAAUCCACAUCUUUUAUUUAAUCCGUGGAACAUUUCAUUGUUUUUGUAAGUGUAAAGCGGUUUGAAUGCUAUAUUUAAUCAUUUCUUUGAGAUAUUGUACUACUAUGUUCUCUGAGAAGCUCAGGCGUUGGUAGGGCUUGGCAGAAUGUAUUGCUGAAUAUAGUCUAUAUCUGUCUGUGGUUCAGCUAGUGCUAUAUAAUUUACUCGAACAGAGUGAUUAUCACAGUCUGAAUAUAACAUGUUAUUGCAAAUGUACAUAAAAUACAUGCUUUGACAUUUACCCAGAAAGAAUCGAGCUUUUGCACAGAAAUGACACACUUUGUGUGAAUAAAAAACAAAUGGCCAAAGCCAACUAGAUUAACACUGCGAAAACCAAUAGAUAGUCAGCAAAAUAUUGUUUUCAGUUCACAUUUAGUUUAUUUGUACUGUAGUAUUUUUGUAGUUUUUUUAUUUUUCAUUUUCUGCUAUAUAAUAGGCCAUUUUCUAUGUAAAUUCUACAUGUGUUGGCAAUUUCAGUAUGAAUGUGUUCAAGUGGAUGAAUGUUGUGCAAGAUGACAUGGAAAAAGUCAUUGUGCAGUGAUAACCCAGUUAUUGUUACCCAUAAAUGUUAAAUAAAUCAUUUAAUUGAAGUGAC